AUGAUUUCGUUAUGGAAUGGAUCGAUAGUUUUGAUUAGUUCUCUAUUCAUAUUCAAUGUAUUUCUUUAUUAUUAUGAACUUGAACAAAAAAAUUGCCGUAACGAUGCUUGUAUAAAUUUAACAAACGAAAUUUUUAAUUCAAUUGAUUAUUCUGUGAAUCCAUGUGAUGAUUUUUAUCAAUUUGUUUGCGGAAAUUGGAUUCGACACGUACAGAUUCCAUCAGAACUAGAUUUAAUUGAUCCAAUGGUCAUAGUGAAAUUAAAUGUCGAACAACAACUUGGUUAUGUAUUGGAUAAUUCUUGGGAUAUACAACAAAAUCAAAUUAAUCGAAAAAUCAUCAAAUCCAAUUCAUUAGCUGUCGAAUGGGCAGUAAAACUUUAUCAGCUUUGCAAGAAUACACCACCACCGAAAUAUUCAAAGUCUUUUGAGAAAAAGUUUUAUGAAAAAUGGUCAAAACUCGAAUUACCGAAUGAAUUGAAUUGGCCAAUUGUUAAAAAAAGAGAUAGAAAACUUCUCAAUCAAUAUUUUGAUGAUAAUUGGAUCGAAAUCUAUGCAAUUUUUUAUUAUGAAUUCGGAUUUGGUCCAAUUUUCGAAUUUGAAGUGAGUGAAAUAGAAUGGGAUAGAGAUUCUGUCAUCUUUUGUUUCAAUCGAUUCAUAUUAGAAACAUCAAACGAUCAACAGCGAUUUAAUGACCGACCUAAGGAAUUAUUAAAAAUUAUUAAAACAUUUUAUCCUUCAAUUAACAUAUCGGAUGAAGUUAUUUAUCAGGCAAUAAUGGAAGUCAUACAAAUGGAAAAAUCAAUACUUUCUGCCAUUAACGAUGAAAUUGAUGAUACUGAACUUUAUAGGAUACAAUUAAAAAAUUUGUAUAAUAGAACAGAGCCAGGAAAUAUGACAAAAUUUUUAAAUAAAUUAACUUUAUAUAGUCAACAAAUUAAAACCAACAUAAGCACUCAACAAUGGACGGAUGAAGAUUUUGUGGCAAUGGAAUAUUCAUUAGAAAAAUUAUUACCAAAAACAGCGGAUGAAUGUUUUGAAAUUAUGUAUGAUGAUAAAUAUGAAUUACAAUUUGCAUUGGCACGUAUAUGGAUUGAUGAAUGGCUAAAAAUUGGUUCGAAAUUGAAAACAAUUGAAAUGAUCAACUAUUUGAAACAAGCUGCUAUACAAUCAAUAAAAACGAAUAAAUGGCUUGACAAACAAACCAAAAAUCGUGUUAUAGAUAAAAUUCGAGCUAUUGUUGAUGAUGUUGCCUUUCCCGAAUGGAUCCUAAUGGAUGAUGAACUUGAUGCAUAUUUUGGAAUGUUUGGUUUAUUAAAAUAUCAAAUUCCUGACAAUUAUUUCGACGCAUUUAUUCAAAUGAAGCAACUUAUUACGACAGAAAUUUUACUUCGCACUAAAGAACGAUCCAGUUGGAAAUUUGCUGUAAGGUCGCCUUUAAUCGUCAAUGCAGCAUAUAUCAACCUUAAAAAUAUGAUCCAUAUUGCUGCUAGCAUUUUAAAUUCACCAAUAUUUGAUCCAGAAUUACCGUUUUAUAUAAAUUACGGAAUUUUCGGCUAUGUAAUUGCACAUGAAAUUACCCAUAGUUUAGAUGAAAACGGUAUGACAUAUAAUAAAGUUGGUUUUAAAACAGAAUGGUGGACAAAUAAAUCGAUAACAAAGUUUGAAAAUCUAACUGAAUGUUUUAUUCAUCUUUAUGAUGAACACAAUGAUCAAUGGAAAAAAUUAUACAAUAGUUAUAGAACAUUAGGGGAAAAUAUUGCCGAUAAUGGUGGAAUACGUAUCGCAUAUCAAGCCUAUCGUUUAAGAUAUAAACGAUUAAAAUAUUUUGGUCAAAAUGCUAAAUUAUUGCCCAAUUUAUCAACAAAUUUCACUAUCGACCAAUUAUUUUUCAUAUCAUAUGCACGAUUAUUUUGUAGAAAAGAAACAAAAAAUCAUGAAAAAUUAACGGCUGAAUAUGAUUAUCAUUCACCAAAUAAAUAUCGUGUAAAUAUUGUACUCGGAAAUUUUGAAAUAUUUUCAAAAAUUUUCAAUUGUUCUCGAAAAUCGAAACUGAACUUUAAUCAACGAUGUAUAAUGUGGUAAUAAUACAAUUG